CUCGCCCUCCCGCGCCCCCGCCGCUCGUUCCUUGAUCGCUCCUCGGUUCCGAGCCGCCGGGUCUGUUCGCCCGGCGGCGGCGGCGGUGCCGCUUGUUCGCCUCCGAUCGCGAAGAUUUUGUCCAGGCACCGUUCGGGCUCCUAUACCCGGCUCGAGGGGCCUCGCUCGCCGGCGCCUGCGUACUAAGGCCUUUGUCCACCAUCUUUCUUCUGGGCGGGCCCAUGCGGCUGCGUAUACGGUGAAGGCAGCGCGGCGGCCAUCUUGGACGUUGGCGUGGAAAUGAUGACGCGGAUUCCCCGGCCCGACAGACCUUUUGAGGGCAACACCUUGGCGCUCCAAGGAGCCGAAGCCAAAGCGGCGGCCAUAUUGGUUAUGGGCACAUACUUAUGAUAACUGACUUGCCACCAUAUUUAUUGAGGGCACAUGGUCCCUGUCCCGGUUGGGGGCUACGUUGUACUUUAAUAACCCGCUCAUCCGCCAUCUUUGUUAUGGGCAAUGAGUUUGGCUAGGCAGAGAAUGCCAGUUUGUUAUUGUAGGGUCUCCCAAAAGCACUGGGGACGCCCACUCCUCUUUGUGUUAUUGUAGGGUCUCCUCAAAACAAUACAGGCCCUGGGUUUGUUUAUGUUACUGUACGGCCUCCCCAAAAUGGUGAACAUGCCUCCCCCUCUUUGUGUUAUUGUAGGGUCUCCUCAAAACACGAGGGGCCCCGGGCAUGCUGAUGUUAUUGCAGCAUUUCCCCCAAGGCACUAAGGACGCCCACCCCGUUACUGCCAAACCAGAGCCAGGCCGGGCGGGGAGGGCCCCCGAGACGUCGCCAAGACCAGACACACCCCCCGCACCGCGCUGAGGCAGGACCAGGUCAGCCCAGGCCCGGCCUGAGGGGGGCUCUUAAACCUCCCGAGACGGGGAUCCCACAACACCCCCGACCCAAGCACCGAACGCCCCUGAGAGCCAGAAAGUGUCUCCCAAUCUCCGGCCGAAAUGGGCCUGGCUGCCGGGCUCGGGGGUUUCUCACCCUUCGCGCGCGUGGGUGGCUCCCAACCGAUCGUGUUCCUGUAGGGCUCCCCCCAGAACCCUGCGGGCGCCAGCCCUGUUCUCGGGGGGGUUUCUGUCUACACAGGUUUGUUAUUGUAGGGUCCCUCGCCAGCAUCAGCCGCCCGCCCUCGUCUUGGGAUUGUAGGGGCGCCUGGGGCUCAGUGUUAUUGGGGGGAGGGGUCCCUUGCAAACACCCAGCUACACACACUGAUUUAUUAUUGUAGGGUCUCCUGCAAGCUCCACCCCCUCCACACCCACCCUGUUGUUGUGGGAUCUCCUGGAGGUCCCCAGGGCCCCUCCCUCGCUGCACUGUUUGCCAUCGGGCCCCCCUGCCUCAGUGGGUGUCGGGUCGCUCCCACGCACGGGACUCUGGACUCCGGCGAGUUAACGAUUAACAGGGGCCGGGGGGCGGAGGGGGCAAAGGUGAGCCAGCCACAGGGCCAAGGGCCGGCAGACGGCCCCGAACCCGGCCCCCACCGGCCAUGCUCCAGCGCACCUGGUCCUACCUGCUGUACCUGUAUGGGGCCCUGAUCGGCGCCCUGAGCCCAUGCGCCCCCCCUGCCCCGCUGCCAGCCAGCGGGCUGGACCGGGACCAGUACCUGGGCACCUGGCACUUCAUCGCCGCCGCAGCAGCCACCCCUGCUGCCCUGGAGACCUUCGCGGGCACCGACGGCUCCGUCUUCCACAUGGGGCAGGGCCCCCAGCCCCAGCGCCUGCAGCUCCGCGCCGCCCUCCGCCUGAAAUCAGGGGGCUGCGUGCCCAGAUCAUGGAUUUAUCUGCUUAACGAAGGGAGCACCGACCUGGCCACAGAAGGGCGGCCGGGGAUGAGGACUGAGCUGUUCUCCAGCAAGUGUCCAGACACCAUCAUUGUCCAGGAAACCGACCGAGACUAUCAAAGGAUCCUGCUGUACUCCCGCACCCCCGACCUGGCUGACGACUGCAUUGAGGAUUUCCGGAACCAAGCCUACUGCCUGGACAUGGAAGAAUUCCUGCUUAUCCCCCGCAGCCAAGACACCUGCCAGCUUCAGGAUUCCUGAUUGACCCACUGCCAGCCCCCCAGGCUGCUGCGACUGGCCCCUCUGAGGAAAGGCCCCCCCCCCGAAGACUGACCCCCCUCAUUCGCCUGGAGGAAGAAACCCCAUUUCCGCAGAGCCUGGCAAAUAAAUCCCAGUCCUGCCGCAUCUGUGACAGUGUGUC